AGUUUGGGAAGAGGCCUGAUCACGAAGUAAGGCUCCCGAAGUAGUAUUCUGGAGUUGCAAGUUCAAAUAAAUUUAAGCUUUGCCAAGCCCUGCUACCUCGUGCUCUCUUGCUUGAGUCUCAGUAUCCUGCUCCUGAUUUGUUUCUUUUCCACACAGCAGCCUCCCUUAAAAGAUUCUGACCAGCAACCCAAGCCACAUCCAACUCCACUCACUUAAAUAUAUCUACCCUGCCCAAACCUACAGCCCUUCCUUUGUUCGUCUUUGCUGUUUCACCUGAUCAGAUCUGCAAUAUCCUAUUAUCAUCAUCAUAACUUAUUACUGUUUAUAGUCUUGUGAUCUCCUCUAGUUUAGUAGGAGAGAAACCACCCUCUCGCCAGACUCACCUGUACAUUACGGCCCAUCACUACGCUAUCUUAAGAGAUCACAAGAUCAAGCCUUCACCAACCCCAGCGGAAUCUAUAUUAAAUCUGCCUAGGAGAUGAGUAUCCUAGUCUCACACGUCGAGAUCUGUGAGCAAAUCGGACAAGAUGGCCAGCCGACUCGAAUGAUCAAGAUCCUCGAGAUCUUUGACAACCAAUCCACGUCCGAGGAAAACCAACCGAUCGAGCCACCCAUUACAAGCCCCGCGAAGAGCGUCGGCGGCCCAAACCACUUCGACCGGCUGCCGGACGAGCUGCUCGAGCGGAUCAUCAACUUCUCUGCGCUCUCAAACUCCACCUCCGCCGCCAUCAGCAUGGACCCUUACGAGGCGGGCUGGAAAGACGAAGAGGAGCUCAUUCAGGAUGCACUCAGCUUUGGGCACUCGAUGGCCACUCUUCGUCUGGUCUGCUGGCGGUUCUUCCAGCUGGCAACCCCACUCUUCCUCAAGCGUCUGGUGAUCAGUGACUCGAGCUGGGGCAGGAGCCAUCGAUCACCCUUGGAGCUGAUGAUUCCCAGACUGAGCAGAUUCUUGUCUGCCACCACUACAGCCUACAACAACCACUCACUUAUAGAGGCGCGCGUCGGUGAUGAAGAACGGCGGGCGAUGAUGGUUGGACAGGCUCGGCGAAAGAAGCGAGCGGUUGAUCAGGUACCCUACGGCCACCAUGUCCGACAACUGAUCCUUUCCAAUCGGACCGUCCCUCCAAACUUGAUCUGUCGGCUGCUCGAGACCGUCCAUUGCUUGCUUCCCAAUCUCACCGCGCUCGCCGGUCUCAGUCUGAGCCACAUGCCCAGGCUACUCAGUCCCACCAUCCGCUUCCCGCGGCUCGUCUCGCUCACCGGAUUCGACCUGGCCGGCUCCUCAGAGCUCUGGCGUCCAGGCUAUCAGUCUGACUACCCGCUCGAUUCGCCGGCCACCCCGACACUCAUGAUCGCCGGCCCAGGCCCAAACCACCAACUGAUCUCGCUCGAAGUCUUCCUCGGCUUCUUGAACCAUCAUCCGCACAUCUCCUACCUCUCCUGUCGCGGAUUGCUGAUCGACCAAGAUGGCGCAAGCCGGCUCUUAGCUCUCCUGCGCAUCAACCAUCUCUCGACCCUCUUAAUGACCCCCGCCGUUCCUCGUCUCUGCAACCGGCAAUUCUCCGGACUGAGGAUGCUUCACAUCGGGCUCAAUUCGGUCAUCGACCUCCAGCUCCUUAGAUCUUUGCCCGAGGCGGCGCCCCAUUUAGAACAGUUACACAUCGAUGCCGGCUGCAAACUGGAAGACAAAUCGACCGCCGGUUCCCAAUCCUGGUCGAUCAGCCAGCUCCUUGGCAAGCUCCCCCGCCUGACCGAUCUGACUUUCAUUGCGCAACAUAACCUCCCUGGUCGUCCCCAUCGAUCGCUAGGAUGGGCUUGCUCGAAUCAAGUACUCAUGGUUGCCCCACAAGUCCAAUCACUAAAUCUUCGAAUGGAUUCAUUCACAACAGCCGAGUUUUUCGAGAGCCUUACGAUCGACGGUCCGAGUGCGCUCCGCCAGCUGAACGUCUGGCACCGACCCACGCUGAGUCUCACCCCGGCCUCGGAGAGCUGGUCGAUCAUCUCCUUCGGCUCGGCCCCGGCGCUCCGAAAACUGGGGCACGCGGUCCGGACGAUGAUGAAGGCCGGGCUCGAUUGGCCGACAAUCGACAAUCAUCAGAGAGAUCUCUGGCUCAAACUCAAGUCCUUGACUCAUCUAGACUUGUUUGAAGAGCGGACCGAUGACAGCUCUUAUGUUGAUGAUCUCUGACUUGAGCCGUGUUAGUUUUUCUACAUUGUUCUGUUUUCUAUUUGGAAGCUCUUCUACUCCUGUUAUUUACCCCACCCCAAUCCCGAUGUUACAAUAACCCAAGAAAGAACCCAGUCAAUCGCUUCUGAUCAACCUCCACAGGCUCCAAUAUAGUCCAUUUUAUGCCAUCCUGAAUUGUUGCUACUAUACAUUUUUUCAUUUCUAUUUUGAUCUUUCAUUCUGAAAUACACAAUAGGAACAACAAACAGUCACUUGAUCAUUGAGCAUCAAUGGUUGUAGCUCUGUUGCUGCUCCCGUUGGAAAUACUACCAAUGGUAUUCAAUGGCCCCUUCAUCCUUUGCAGAGGGCUCUCAUCAAUCACA